AUGGUGAGUGGCUUCUGCUCCUGGUUGACGGCCAUAUUCAGAAUAAAAGACGAGGAGAUCCGAGAGAAGUGUGGUGAAGAUGCCGUCCACUAUCUGUCCUUCCAGCGCCACAUCAUUGGUCUGCUGGUGGUGGUGGGCGUUCUGUCCGUCGGCAUCGUUUUACCAGUCAACUUCUCAGGCAACCUGCUGGAGAACAACGCAUACAGCUUUGGACGCACAACAAUCGCCAACUUGAAUUCUGGGAAUAACCUCUUAUGGCUGCACACGUCUUUUGCCUUCAUGUAUCUUCUCCUAACCGUCUACAGCAUGAGACGCCACACGUCCAAGAUGCACUACAAAGAAGACGAUCUGGUCAAACGCACUUUAUUCAUCAACAGCAUCUCCAAAUAUGCAGAAGAAAGCCAUAUAAAGCAGCACUUUGAACAGGCGUAUGAGAACUGUGUGGUUCUGGAAGCUCGUGUUUGUUACAACGUGGCAAAACUCAUGUCUCUCAAUGCAGAGCGGAAGAAGACUGAGCGCAGUAAGAAGUUUUUCACAGAUCUGAUGGCGAAGGAACACAUCCCCACCAUGAUAAACCCCAAGCCCUGUGGUCACCUCUGCUGCUGCGCCAUCACCGGCUGUGAAGAGGAGGAGGCUGUGAGUUAUUACACUAAACUGGAGGCCAAACUGAAAGAGGAAUACAGAAAGGAGAAGGAGAAAGUCAACACUAAACCCUUGGGCAUGGCGUUCGUCACCUUCCAGAACGAGGCCAUGACUGCAAUAAUCCUGAAGGACUUUAAUGCGUGUCAGUGUCAGGGCUGUAAGUGUCGUCUGGAGCCACGCUCGUCUCAGUUCAGCGACGGUCUUCAUGUCUAUAACUGGAGUGUGAGCUACGCACCGGACCCUCAGAACGUGCGCUGGGAGAAUCUGUCUCUGGGUGGCAUCUCCUGGUGGCUUCGCUGCUUCAUCAUCAACUGCAUCCUCUUCAUCCUGCUCUUCUUCCUCACCACUCCUGCCAUCAUCAUCUCCACCAUGGACAAGUUCAACGUCACCAAGCCUGUGGAAUAUCUCAACAACCCAAUUGUCACCCAGUUUUUCCCCACUCUGCUGCUGUGGGCUUUUUCUGCGCUGCUGCCCACCAUCGUCUACUACUCUGCCUUCUUUGAAGCCCACUGGACCAGAUCUGGAGAAAACAGGACCACGAUGCACAAGUGCUACACGUUCCUGAUCUUCAUGGUUCUCCUGCUGCCGUCUCUGGGUCUCAGCAGUUUGGAUGUUUUCUUCCGCUGGCUAUUCGACAAGAAAUUCCUGGCUGAUGCCACUGUCAGAUUCGAGUGUGUCUUCCUUCCUGAUAACGGAGCGUUUUUUGUCAACUAUGUGAUCGCGUCUGCGUUCAUCGGUAAUGCUAUGGACCUGCUGCGGAUCCCGGGUCUGCUGAUGUACAUGAUCCGUCUGUGUUUGGCUCGAUCUGCUGCAGAGAGACGCAACGUUAAACGACAUCAAGCCUAUGAGUUUCAGUUCGGAGCUGCCUACGCCUGGAUGAUGUGCGUUUUCACUGUGGUUAUGACGUACAGCAUCACCUGUCCAAUCAUCGUCCCCUUUGGGCUGAUGUACAUGCUCCUGAAGCACCUGGUCGACCGAUACAACAUGUACUACGCUUACCUGCCCUCCAAACUGGACAAGAAGAUCCACUCUGGAGCUGUCAAUCAAGUGGUGGCUGCACCAAUCCUGUGCCUGUUCUGGCUGCUCUUCUUCUCCACCGUCAGGAUAGGUUUUCUGACUCCGACCUCCAUGUUCACCUUUGUGGUGCUCAUCAUCACCAUCGUGGUCUGCCUGUCGCACGUGUGUUUCGGCCACUUCAAAUAUCUCAGCGCACACAACUACAAGAUCGACACCAAGGACACAGAGAUUGACGGUGUAGAGAACGGACGUCCUGCCAGAUCUUCACCUUCUAACAAAUCUCAGCAGAUGUACAUCGCCCAGGUCCUGCAGGACCCAAACUCGGAUGAAACUGGAGCCGGCAGUGGAGAAGACGACGGUCAGGGGUCCUCGCAGGACGAGGAGAUGAUCAACGCCGGAAACAGCCUGAACGAAGCCGAUUUCCAGUCCGGAGAGGACAGUCUGAUCGCCAACGAAGUCCACCAGUAACACAGCAGAGCGCCUCAUGGCCUUCAUCCCUCUGUUUUUGUCCUGGUCUGACGCUGUGAACACAAUCGGCUCAAAACAUCAGCACCUUAGAAACCCACAUCUGCCAAAACACAGACUGUACAUACAGUAAAGCACACGCCGGCAAAUCAUUUCCUCAUGUGCAUGAGCGCCAGAAGCACAAGCAAACAUCCCGGAUUUAUCCUCCUGCUUUAAAAAAAAAAAUCCUGAUUUGGUUUUUAGUACUCAUCCGCCUCAGGAAAAAGGAGAACAAACAGCAGGCUCGCCUUAACAGCGAAAUAAUCGGCGAAACAGGCUUCAUGUGCUUGCUUUUUCUUCUUUUGCCUGAACGAUUGGAUUAAAUGAAUCAACAUCUGCAAUAGAGAAAUCCGGCUUCAGAUCCUACGUUUUCAACCGCGUUCGCUGUACAGAACACUGCUGACACUCCUGUUUGCAGAAUACUUCUCCCUAAUGUACAGUAUUUCCAGAGACGCGCGCGCGUGUGUGUUUUCACUGAACGACCCAUAUUCUUACCUUUCCUUACUUUGGUACUUUUAAUGCUCAUUUUGCCUUUAACGGAUGAGUUUGUACGCCUGCAAACGGAGUAGCGAAGUUCUCGUAGCACGAUAGUAAGCGAUCGCCGCUCCUGACAGACGCUUAAAGGGAUGCACUGUAAAAAAUGACCUGCUCACUUAGAGUUUUACUCUUGUUUCUAGUCCAAAUAUCUAAAUGGUCUUAAAUCAAGAAGGAUUUUCUUGACUAGUUCAAAAUAGUGUCUUGUUUUCAGAAGUAACAAGUCAAAAUGAACUGUAUUUUUUAUUAAAAUAAGCUAAAUAAUCUGCCAGUGGGGUCAACAGAAUAAUGUUAUGUCAAAGAGAAAAACUAGAUUAAUUAGCUUACCCCAUUUGCAGAUUAUUUAGCUUGUUUUAAGGAGAAACCCAUUUAUUUUUGACAUGUUAUUUCUGAAAACAAGACAAUAUUUUUUGCUUGUCUAGAAAAUGCUUCUUGAUUUAAGAGUUUUCAGAUAUUUGGACUAAACUCUUAGUAAGAGCAUUUUUUUUGCAGUGUAGUUCACCCAAAAUGUUAAAAUCUGUCAUCAUUUAUUCACCUUUUACUCGUUUGUUUUACUAGUUUCUUUCUUCUGUUGAACACAAAAGAAGAUAUUUAGUAAAAUGUUGGAAACCUGUAACCAUUGAC